AUGAGUGUUACACAUUCGCCAAAUAAGAGGCAGAGCGGUUCACAGCCUAACUUGUCUACAAUGGAGGACUCCAAUAAUCAACAACUUGCAACUCGUAAAAGAAAACAACAGCAAACAAAAAUUAAAAACGAACUAGAAAACAUUAAAGAAAAACAAGUAGAAGCGAAACAAAAAAUAAAUAACUUAGAAAGAAAUAUCGAUGAAAUCACAAACAACAAAAGUAAACAUUCAGAUAGCAUGUUAUGUGAGGAUAUACUCCAAGAAUUACAAGAGCGAAAACAGAGAUCUAACAAUGUUUUCAUUAUCGGCCUACCCGAAGCGAAAGAUAAAACCCGGCCUGUCAAAGUUUUCCUGACCUCGCCAGCUAUAGUAAAAGAUAUCCUACGUAACAAACCUAAAGACAAGACAAAUUCUAUCAAGAUAUAUUCUGAUCAAACCCCUCUACAAGCUAACUAUUUUAAGAAACUGAAGGAAGAAUUGAAACGUCGAAAGAAUGAAGGCGAGACAGCUAUGUAUAAAAUAUGUUAA